AUGAACGUCUCUGCAGUGUGCCUCUCCAUCAUCCUCAUCGCUGCCCUCUUUCCUCAGGCCUCUCCGGCUCCAAUUGGGGCUGACACAACUGUGUGCUGCUUCAGCUACACCUUACGAAAGCUGCCCCAGAGUCAUGUGAAGGAUUAUUUCUACACCAGCAGCAAGUGCUCACAGCCAGCAGUUGUGUUCAUCACCAGGAAGGACCGGGAGGUCUGUGCUAACCCUGAUGCCAGGUGGGUGAAGGAAUACGUGAACACCCUGGAGCUUCAGUGA